UAUUCACUUUCCGGGUCAUUUUAUUAAUGGUACCUGCUUCUCAAAACAGCAAGAAUCCCGAGGCAGUGUUUACAUUUUUAACUUAACGUUUUGUGGAAUAAAAUAAACAUCACAAGAGCAAUACCAUGUCAGACACGGAGACAAAACCCUCAAGUGGAGAUGGAAGUGAGAAGAAAGAUGGAGAGUACAUUAAACUUAAGGUGAUUGGUCAGGACAACAGCGAAAUUCACUUCAAAGUGAAGAUGACAACACAUCUAAAGAAGCUAAAGGAAUCAUACAGUCAAAGACAGGGUGUACCAAUGAACACCCUAAGGUUUCUUUUUGAAGGACAGAGAAUCUCAGACAACCAAACCCCCAAAGAGCUUGGAAUGGAAGAUGAGGAUGUCAUUGAAGUGUAUCAGGAACAGACUGGUGGACUUUGGAAUGAUUAGACUUGCUAUAUUUUUCUCAUUUAGAAUUUUGUAUGUAUUUUGCUUUUGAGCUUUGCACCAUCUGGAUCACACACUCUAUUGGGGCUUCCAUGUGCGAGGGCACAAAGAACGACUGUGUUAGAAUGGAUAGACAAUCUGUUCUUUCUCCUUUUAAACACCUCGCACAAUCAUUUCUUCUCCCUCCUUUACAAUGCAGGUAACAUUGUAGUGCAGACAGUGUCAUAGCUGAAUAUCCCCCUAUUGAGAGAUGACACACAUACAAUGACUGGUUUUCUCUAGACUCUGCUGCACACGCCUCUUUCGCACCUAAAGUUGGAAUAUACCACCUAUGAAUGCUAAAGCAUUGUUUUGAAUCUGUUUAACAAUCCCAGUUUCCUACCAUUGAUGAAUAUGGUCUAAUGAUAUUUAAAAUAUAAACUGUUUUUAUGAUCAUGAUGUAUAUUUUGCAUCCAGCAUGUGUGUAAUAAUUAUUCAUGUCGGGUUCCCCCAACUGGUGGGAUGAAUUUUGCCCGUGGGUCAUUUUAUUUUCCCACGAGCCAAAAACAUUUUUAAUUAUUGGACAUAAGACUGUAAAAACACCAGCAAGCCUACUACAAGUGAUUUUAAUUUUGGAUAUCUGUUUCAAAGACAUAUGUGAUCAUAAACAAAUGUAAGCAAGGCUUGAAAUUAUUGUUUUAGUCAAAUAUAUCUGGGCUUCUUGGGGUCAAUUUGCAGUCUACAAAUAAUUUGUAAUUAUGUUCUGGCCCCUUGACCAUCUGUUCCAAGAAAAAAAAUCAGCCCGCGGCUGAAUCUAGUUGAUGCCUUUCCUAGGUGCGGCUGAAUCUAGUUGAUGCCUCUCCUAGGUGUGGCUGAAUCUAGUUGAUGCCUCUCCUAGGUGUGGCUGAAUCUAGUUGAUGCCUCUCCUAGGUGUGGCUGAAUCUAGUUGAUGCCUCUCCUAGGUGUGGCUGAAUCUAGUUGAUGCCUCUCCUAGGUGUGGCUGAAUCUAGUUGAUGCCUUUCCUAGGUGUUCUUUUUAUUUGAAUUAUGUUCAAGUUCAGAUAAUUUCAAGGGGUUAAAGUUUCACUCUGUUUAAUCUCUGGCCUCUAAUUGGACUUAAAUAUUUUUUCUUGUCUGUCCUUUUAUCAAAAUGUCUUGCUGUGUUGAACCACAACAGUAGCCACACACAGUAAAGUCAAUUCAACAAAUUAGGAGGCAUUGAUCCGGAUGGUUUGAAGCAGAUAACGUUUCUUUUUUUGAAUAAAAUGUUUAACAAAAACAGGA